CUAAAGAAGCACAGGUGGAGGUGUUCUUCAAAAACAGUUGUGAUCUGAGUGGAUACAUGUGAUUGUGAAUAAAGAAGACGAGAUGAACGAAAGUGAUGCAUAACGAGUUGUCAUGACCUGAUAUUCUGCAUGUUAAGGAGUUGGUAUCACAGUGACCGAAGAUCUCCGUCUGUGUACUUUUUCUUUCUGUAGUGUUGUGAGGGCGCCUGGUGCGUUUUUGAGAGUAUAGGUAUACUUGAUGAAAAGGUGACAAUGUCAAAUACUUGUAGUUUGCCUCGACUACAAUAUCAAUAUGUCAUCCAAAGACGACGAGUUGAAUGUCUUUCAAUCUUUUGUUCCAUAUCUUAUCAUAUCUUGACGAUACCAGGUACACCACGCACAUAUUUUUUGUGAUAUGUAUGUAUCUUGUGUUGUGUCCUCCUUUCUUGUGUCCCGUACCUUUCUGCUUGUAACACAGCGAUCAUUUGCAACGUAAGUACUUAGUUGGAAAGCACCAUUCGAGAUCGAGACGCAGACGUGAUCAUGAGGCUUUUCGUGCAUUUAAUUCGUUUGAUAGGAACCUAAACCUGAACCUACUGCUCUCACCUGCUCGCGAACAGUGUAAUUCAAAUCACUUGAUGUAUAGUGAAUAUUAGAUAUUUAUUCCCCUAGUUUUUGCACAUCUUGCUGUUCAGUUUUAUGAUCUCUAACUUCUAGCUCUACUGGAGGUACUACAUGCUACAUCAUAUUGACCGCCGUUGAACAUUGUUAUUUACUAGCCCAGCGAAAAUGAAUCUCACGAUUUUCAUUUGAUGGUCGUGUUGCUACUCAUAUAUAAAGAACAUAUGCUUUUCAUCACUAGCAGGUGCAGGAAGCUGGAUAAAAAAUGACAAUGUCGACUCCCGGUGCGGACAAUGCUCGCGAAGACGGAACAUCAGACGACACGAGGCAGGUCUUUCUGUCAGCUGACGCAGUGCUGAGCGUUGAGAAGUUCGCAAUCGCCACAGAGAUCUCUCCUUCGUCAACACGCGCUGAGGAUUCAGAUGGCAGUUCUUCUACGGUAGAAAGCACACCAGCAGCAGCAACUUUUUCCAACCACGACCUUCCCCCAAUGACACAGACACUCGUCAUGGAAGGUAGUGAGGAGGAGAACCAAGUGGAGAAACCUGUCGUACUAACUGCGAACAAACCGUUCUUUUUCAACGUCGACAUGCCUUCAAGUCCAGAGUUACCUGACCGAUCCGAGGUGGUGGAAGCGGCAGCGAGCGCCGACAGGAACAAAAACGGUUCGCCUUCACCGAGUGACACUGCAACAGCGGCUACGGCUCCUGCUGGACCAAUUGUAUCUCGUCCACGUGACACUGUGGAUACAAAAAAAGCGUCAGGAGCUGCACAAGUCGCACCGACAGCACCCUCACGAUUCUUACACUCAGUGCGGGAGUCAGGGGGUGCGAUGGUGAAUCGAGCUAGGAUAUUUCUGAAGGGGGACGCGGACGCUGGAGAUCCAGGAGGAGGUGUUGGACGAGAAGCGGCCGCAAGUUCGCGGAGCCCUCCUCAGCCAACAGGUCUGCCACCAUCGAGGUCUCCAGAUGGAGCUGCGUCGAUCAGGUCGGGGCACCUAUCCUCGACGACGGCUCGAUUAUCGGCAUGGGUGUCAAAGUUCAUUCCUGAAGAACCACCAUCGCCGAUCGAAGAUGUUGCUGAGAGUCCCACAGGGAUUUUCGGUAAAAUGAGAACAAUGUCUUCUCGUCUAAACACCAGCAGUAUGUCCAUAAGCCCAUCACGAAUCCAAGGAUACUCACCCCACUUACGCCCCGAAAGCCUCACCUCAUCGUCUUUGUCGGCCCGACCACCCUUCGCUUCCUCAAAUUUUCCCGGCACCUCGCCUCCUCUGAAUUCUAUAGCGACUUUCCCCGAAUCCUCUACGUCGUCAUCAUCUUCAAGCAGCGCUUCGUCUCUUCCCUCAUCGUCUAGCAGGCUUGGCGCGCAGUUACUGGAACAGGAUCUGCUGAAGGAUGGCCUAUAUCCCGCAGAAGCGUCAAACGGAUCUUUCUUAGAUCGCGUCCGAGGGACGUACCAAAACGUAGCCGAGUUAUCCAGCGGUCUGCUGGGGUUGUCACCACUCACAUCUAGUAGGAAAAAGAACAACAAUGUCGAAAGCGAUGCUUAUUAUGGUACUUCUUCGUCGUCCUCUGCUGCUUCUGCACGCUACGUUAACAACCGAGGAAGAAAAACGAUCGCACACCGUACCAAAUCGGAGUGGCUUACUGAGUUGCGAAGUCAGAUCCCCAGGCCGCUAAACAAACAAUUUGGCUACGUACCAGACUAUGUCGCCUUCUGGUUUGUCGAGUUGGCAUUCGAGCGCGGAAAGAUAAGAAUAGGGUAAUUCUAAUUCUAACUCUAUUAAUUUACUUGUUACUUGCUUAUCUUAUCGUGAACUGUAUCUAUUAUAUGAAGUACUACAAGUACGAUUGAUGAUUGAAAACAAAUAUAUAACCAUUCGUUUCAGCGCAUUCAUCACGACAUUCACUCUUCCAACAAAAUCUGCAAUCUUGUUCACAAAAUUCAUGUCAGGAUUACAUUGGUCAUGUGUUCUUUUUGGUCAAAUAUUUUCCUGAAUGCGAGUGCGAUCACACUUAUGUGCAUCAUGCUUGCCUACAUCGGAUUGGUGACAUUAUGGUGCGGCGUCGUGGCGUACGUAAACCUGCCAAAAGUGCGGGUAGCCUUGCAAAAGGCCUUCCAUGAAGAACAGCUCUCGAUUCUCGACCUGCUGGUGCGGCGUUUGCGCCGAGGCGAUUUGCAGUUCCACGUCAAAAGACUGCUGAUCCUGGUCAAUCUGUCUCUCGACAGCGAGGAAGCCCACCAAGUGCUGGAGGGAUGUCAUCCAACCUUCAUCCGGAUUAUGUCCAUGACGCCAGCAAGAUUCUUUAAGCACUUUUUCCGUCGUUUGCUUCGAGCAGCCGCGCCACCGGUUCGGAUCAGUUCGAUCGAGGAAAGAGAAGACGCAACAGGGGGUGGAGAAAGAGAUUCAUCUCCUUUCAGCAUUCUCGACGAGGACGAUGCAGACAGAAUGUCGAUAAACUCCAACGACGUGACUCGGGACCCGAAAAUAGACGAGGAAGCAGAUCAUGAAGUACAUAUGACCGGGGUGCGGGUGCGGGUAGAUGAAGAAACCAUAAUAUGGAACUACGUCGACAAGUCUUCCCCAGCUGGUGGGCUGGGGCUAGUUGACGACGAGAAACGAGUUUCAGGCAGUGAUUUGCGUCGCCGGAAACCGGAAGGAGAACGCAGUGGAGGAGGUAAAGAUGAUGAGUUAGCUUCGCCGGCAGAACCAUUGGUCACUGGAGUACAGGAGGAAGGAAGAUCUUCAUCUUCUUCGCAGCAUGAUCGAGCGACCGCGAGUGGGACGAGCGGAGGCUGCAUAGCGUCGCCGUAUGAGGGAAGUGAGGAUGGCACUUUUGGCUCGCUGUUGUGUCGAGUGGUCGACCGCUUGAAUGUCUCUCCUCACCCUUCCUCGCCUGGUGACCGUGAGAGUGAACUAGGUUCGCCGCUCCCCUUCGUGGUCGAGCAGAGCAACAGCUCUGACGACGACACCACCACCAGCGUCGUCUUCACUAGCGCGACACUAAAAAAAAGCAGUUCCGCCACAGUCGCACGUCGGGUUCUUGACUCCACGACAUCUGAAAAUGAACUAGAAGUAGUUCAAGCCUGCGAGCGAAACGAUAAUGAACAAGGUGCAGCGUCGCAACUUCGCCCAACGCAAGCUCCACGACCAUCAGCUCGGUCUCUGGACCGCUAUGGGAGGCCGCGAAUCGCGCCAAUCCUCCAGAACCUGGUACGACGGCGCGUUCUCCACUUUGUGUUCCGGUGUUUUGCGUGGGUGCGAGAGCAGUGUAGACGCGAAAUCGGCGUACGAACGACACGUGAAGUGCGCGAUUCUCUUUUGCGAAAUUGGAAAUUUUAUGCCUUCUGGAUAGCAGUUUUCAUUGUGCGCAAUGCGUGUGCGUCUCGGUCUAAGGCAGUCGCGCGUCGUUCGCGCGCGGUAGCGGGUCAGGUACUCACACCUUUCGUGCCAGGCGCUUUCGCGAGCCUACUUCCGUUACUAUGCAGACACAGUGGUGACGCCCUCUCAGCGCUUCCAAUGGCUGCCUCCCUCGUUUACCUAUCCAAGUGGGCAGCUGGCGAGGCGAAUAAAUGACGACUAAGAAGUUCCAGGUCUACUUUGCUUUCCAUCUUCUUCUACAGGACAUAUCAAUGAGAAUCGAUGGAUGAUUAAAUCGCAGCAUAAGCAAAAACACGGGUAUAAUAGCAUCUACAGUACUCAACAUCUUUUCCACACGCGUCUUGUCAUCUACUGUAGGAGAGUCUCCUUUUCAGUCACGUUAAUAAGCGUAUUCAUCGUUGACCCCGACCCUGAGGCUGAAGCUAGUGCCGACGAUGCUGUCGGACGAGGAGAGGCUAUGAGACUGUCAGUCUUCACUUGGACUUGGAGAUAGAGGCGGAGCGUCUCGCAGUAUGGAUCUUCAUGAUUUUCCCUUUUCCACCAAUUGUAGAUGAAUCGUAUAUCAUCCAAUUAUAGAUGAAUCUACUUACACUUAGGUCUAUAUUAGUAACAGAAACAUUAACUACUACCUCUUUCCAUCACAAACACACCGACCACACCAUCUCGCACAAUUUUCUACAACUGACUUAGUCACUUUGACUUUUUCUUUAGCAACUUUCCGGGACUUCUCGAUGUGAUGGUGAAAAGUCGAAUAUGUGACUUGUCUUACCCUUUUUGUGUUUUUGACUUAAGCUCCUGAGAUCAGUUCAGGUUGUGAUGAUUAUUUCAAUACAGGCGAAAU